GGCCGGAAGAGGGCUGCUGGGACAGCUGUGGGGACAGACCAGGCGACUCACGACUCACGUACGGGAGCCAGGAUAUCUGGACCUGCUCCCCGAUGGCCUCUGCUUUCUGGCUGGCUCUCUCCAGAAGAAAUCAGUAAGAUUCUGAAUUAGGAUGUGUCCACUACACUUCUUCCUUUUGCUCUGCUGAUCAAGACUCGCUAGAAAGAGCAAAGUGAGGUGCCCCCAGACACUGGGAUGAGGCCCCCCCUCCUGUUCACUGCCCUUCUCUGGUUCUGGGGGUUUGGGACUGAGGAAGAUGAGUGCCGCUCCCUGGAAGGGUGCCCUGACGAGGAGAGAGGAGCACCACCCCCAAAAGUGAAUUUCAGCAGCCAGGGGGAGCCAACCAGCCUCUUUCUGAACUGGGCAGCCCCGGAGCCAGGUGUGUCCGGCCAUGUCCUCCGCCUCAUCCGCCUGAGCCCCCUCGGCUCUCCGGAAGGGCAGCAGCUCCGGGCCUACACCGACACACUCCACUUUGAGUUCCGAGACUUGGUGCCAGGGAGUCGCUACCAGCUGGAAGUGACUGCCCUGCGACCCUGUGCUCUGAAGGCCACCAUCAUCCUCAUUGCCCGCACUGCCCCAUCGACUGUCCGUGACCUGCAGCUCCGUAGCUCUGGGGGUCCAUCCAGCCUGGAGGCCUCAUGGGAGGCCAGCCCUGGGGAGCACAGUGGCUACCAACUUCUUCUCUACCAUCUGGAAUCCCAGACAUUGGCACACAAUAUCUCCAUGUCCCUGGGCAACCUGUCCUACAAUUUUGGCAACCUCUUGCCAGGCAGCGAGUAUGUUUUGGAGGUUGCCUCCUGGGCUGGCAACCUUCAAGCAAAGACCAGCGUCCACCAGUGGACAGCUCCCACGUCUCCAGAUCACCUGGUGCUGUACUCACUGGGCACCAAUGCCCUGGAAGCAUCCUGGGACAGCUCAGAGGGGGCUGCCUGGCUCAACCUAGUGCUCACAGACCUCCUAGAGGGCACCAACCUGACUACAGUGGUCAGGCGGGGCAUCUCCAACCACACCUUCCUUCACCUCUCUCCGGGCACCCCCUAUCAGCUGACGCUUACAGCUGUUGCAGGGCCUCAUAGGGCAGGGGGCCCCAAUGCCACCCAGUGGACCUAUCCAUCUGCCCCUCUUGACCUGCAGCUGACACUGCUGCCCCAGGAGCUCUGGGCCAGCUGGAAGGUAGGGCCAGGCACCCGGGAUGGCUACCUGCUGAGGCUAAGUGGACCGGUGGAGAGGAAUGCCACUCUCGGCCCUGGGGCCGUGAAUGCCACCUUCCCAGGGCCUCUGCCUACUGGACACUAUGCUCUGGAGCUGAGGGUUCUGGCCGGGCCCCAUGAUGCCUGGGCCCAGGCCAGUGCCUGGUUGGCUGAUUCUGCAGCCCAACCUGGGCAAGGCAAUGGCUCCAAGCUGCAGCUGGAUGGGUUGGAGGCAGCCAGUGAGCCUGGGAGGCGGGCGCUGCUCUAUGCCGAGGGUGCCCCAGGCCUCCUUGGAAACAUCUCUGUGCCGCCUGGUGCCACUCAAGUCACCUUCUGUGGGCUGGUGCCCGGGGCCCGCUACCGGGUGGACAUCACCUCAUCUAGGGGAGUCAUCACCCAGAGCCUCACAGGCCACACAAGGCCCCUGGCACCGCAGUCCUUGGAGGUUGCUGGCAGGGGCAACCCCUCUGAACUGGCCAUUGACUGGGCCCCAGCACCAGGGCAGCGGGAUGGCUACAGGGUUGCCUGGCACCGGGAAGGCAGCCCAAGGUCGCUGGGCGGUCUUGUUGACCUGAGCCGGAACAAUUCCAGCCUGAUGCUGAGGGGUCUGGUGCCUGGCACCUGCUAUGCAGUGACAGUGUGGGCCUGGAUGGGGAACCUCACCUCCAGCACACAGAGGAUCAGCUCCUGCACUGUCCCUGCUCCUCCUGCCAACCUGAGCCUGGGACUUGCUGAGCAGCCCCCUGCUCUGAGGGCUUCCUGGAGCCCCCCGGCCGGGAACAGGGAUGGCUUCCAGCUGCAGCUUUACCGCCUGAGGCCCCUGAAUCUGGAAGGCGUGGAGACACUGGCUCCCGAGACCCAAAACUUCUCCUGGGCCCAGCUGCCCCCGGGCACUGAGUUUCUGGUGCAGCUGUCUACCCUGCGGGGGCCCGAUGAGAGCAGCAGUACCAACGCCACGGGCUGGACGUCGCCCCUUGCACCUCCUCUGGUAAAUGUGACCAGCGCAGGCCCCACCCAGCUCCGGGCAUCCUGGGUCCACGCUCCUGGGGGCCGGGACAGCUACCAGGUGACCCUGUACCAGGGGGGCACCUGGGCAGGCGCCAGCAUGCUGGGACCCGAGGUGGACAGCACAGGCUUUUCAGCUCUGACCCCAGGCACAAAGUACGAUGUGGAGAUCGUCUCCCGGGCCGGGCCCCUGCGCACCCCGGCAGCCAGCGCCUCUGGCUGGACCUCCCCGCUCGCGCCCAGCGAGCUCUUGGUGUCCAUGCAGGCGGGCAGUGCUGUGGUCGACCUGGCCUGGCCCAGCGGCCCUGUGGGGCAGGGGGCAUGCCACGCCCACCUCUCAGAGCCUGGGCACCCCUCCUGGGAGCAGCCCCUGGUGCUGGGCCAAGCUCACCUCGUCCUGAGGGGCAUCACACCUGGACGCAACCUGUCCCUGUCGGUGCUGUGCCAGGCGGGGCCACUCCAGGCAGCCACGCACCCCGUGGUGCUGCCUGUGGAGCCUGGCCCCGUGAAGGAUGUGCAGUGCCAGCCUGGGGCCACCCGCCUGGCCCUGAAUUGGACAGUGCCCGCUGGGGACGUGAGCACCUGCCUCGUGGUGGUGGAGCAGCUGACCACGGGGGGCCACAUGCACCUCAUCUUCCAGGCCAACACCUCCGGGGAUGCUCUCCUGCUGCCCAACCUGGUGCCUGCCACUUCCUAUCACCUCAGUCUCACUGUGCUGGGCAGCAAUGGCCUGUGGAGCCGGGCGGUCACCCUGGUGUGCACCACUGCUGCAGAGGCCUGGCAUGCCCCAGAGUUCGUUGUGGCCCCCCAGCUGGAGCUGGAGGCAGGGAUGGGAGUGGUGAUCACACGGGGCAUGUUUGGAGAGGAUGAUGGGCAGGUCCAGUGGUAUGGUGUCGUUGCCACCACCAACAUGUCAUUGGCACGACCUCCUCGGGAAGCCAUCAACCAUACCUGGUAUGACCACUACUACAGAGGAUGUAACUCCUACUUGGCCAUCCUGCUCCCCAACCCCUUCUACCCGGGGCCCAGGGCUGUGCUGAGAUCCUGGAUGGUGCCCAUGGGCACAGAGGACUGUGGCCAGACCCAGGAAAUAUGUAAUGGGCGGCUCAAGCCAGGUUUCCACUAUAGGUUCAGCAUCGCGGCCUUUUCCAGGCACAGCCUUCCUGAACCCAGUGUCUCCUUCUCAGCCUUCUCAGAGCCCCGGGCCAGCACCUCCCGGGCAGCAGUGCCCCUCCCAGGAGUGGUGGGCAUCGUGGUGGGCUGCAUCCUCACCAUCUGUUCCGUGGUGGGCCUGCUGCGCUGCAGGCGAGCGCCGGGGCAGAGGGCAGAGAAGAAUCGAUUUUCCCAAGAACUGACGGUUUACACCCCACGGCGGACCCACCGGCCCAUCCCCUUGCAGAACUUCCAGCAGAGCUACCAGGCCAAGAGCGCUCACGCCCAACAGGCUUUCUUUCAAGAGUUUGAGGAGCUGAAGGAGGUGGGCAAGGAGCAGCCUAGACUGGAGGCCGAACACCCUGCCAACACCUGCAAGAACCGCUACCCACACGUGCUACCCUACGACCACUCUCGGGUCAGGCUGAGCCAGCUGGAGGGAGAGCUCCACUCCGACUACAUCAAUGCCAACUUCGUCCCGGGCUAUGCCCACCCAAAGGAAUUCAUUGCCACCCAGGGGCCACUCAAGAAAACCCUGGAAGACUUCUGGCGGCUGGUGUGGGAGCAGCAGGUCGAUGUCAUCGUCAUGCUGACCAUGGGCAUGGAGAAUGGGAGGGUGCUGUGUGAGCACUACUGGCCGGCUGACUCGACCCCUGUCGCCUACGGCCACAUCACUGUCCACCUGCUGGCCGAGGAGCCUGAGGAAGAGUGGACCAAGCGGGAAUUCCGACUGCAGCAUGGUCCCCAGCAGCAACAGCAGAGGGUAAAGCAGCUGCAGUUCACCACCUGGCCUGACCACAGCAUCCCUGAGGCCCCCGGCUCCCUGCUGUCCUUCGUGGAAGUGGUUCGGGAGCAGGCGGGGACCUCUUGGGGCCGGGGACCCAUCCUGGUGCACUGCAGUGCGGGCGUGGGCCGGACGGGCACCUUUGUGGCCCUGCUGAGGCUGCUGCAGCAGCUGGAGGAGGAGCAGGUGGUAGAUGUUUUCAACACUGUGUAUGCCCUCCGGCUGCACCGGCCCCUCAUGAUCCAGACUCCGAGCCAGUACAUCUUCCUGCACAGCUGCCUCCUGAACAAGAUUCUGGAAGGGCCCUCUGACACUUCUGAAGCUGAGAAGACCAGGAGCAGGAGCUGGGGAACCUCGAGUGCCCUCUCCCCUCGCCUCCCCUCCCCCAGGUCCCAGCCCAUCUCUGUGAAGAACUUUGGGCAGGCUUUUGCAAAGAAGGCGGCCAACGCCAACGCCGGCUUCUUGAAGGAGUACGAGCUCCUGCUCCAGGCCAUCAAGGAUGAGGCCGGCUCUUUGACACCCCCUCCUGGCUAUGAGCAGGACAGCACCGCCUGCGAUGAUCGUUCUCAAGUGCAAUUUUCUCCUCUGGAGGAGAAGGCCCCUGGCGAGAUGCCAGAAGCCUGGCUCUUCCCUGGGGGCCCUUCUGGCCACGAUCAUGUGGUACUGACUGGCCCCGCCGGGCCGGAGGAGCUCUGGGAGCUGGUGUGGGAGCACAGUGCCCAUGUGCUGGUCUCCCUGUGCCCACCCAACACCCAGGAGAAGGUGAGGGGUGCAGAGGGAGGGCGGUUUCGGGAGCACAGCCUGUGGUGGGGCCUGGGCAGAGACUUCGGGAAGCUGCCUGACUCAGCCCGUCCGCAGGAGUUCUGGCCGACAGAGACGCGGCCCAUCAUCAUGGAUACGAUGACAGUGCACUGGGUGGCUGAGAGCAGCACAGCAGGCUGGCCCUGUACCCUCCUCAAGAUCUCACGUGGGGAGAGCAGGAAGGAGAGGCAGGUGCAGUGCCUGCAGUUUCCGCGCUUGGAGCCUGAGAGUGAGCUGCCUGCCACCACCCUGCUGCCCUUCCUGGCUGCCGUAGGCCAGUGCUGCUCCCAGGGCACGAGCAAGAAGCCGGGCACAUUGCUCAGCCACUGCAGCAAGGCCAUGGCCCAGCUGGGCACCUUCCUGGCCAUGGAGCAGCUGCUGCAGCAGGCCGGGGCUGAAUGCACCGUGGACGUCUUUAACGUGGCCCUGCAGCAGUCACAAGCCUGUGACCUCAUGACCCCAACACUGGAGCAGUAUAUCUACCUCUACGACUGUCUGAACAGCGCGCUGGUGGAUGGGCUUCCCUGAGUCGGCACUGGUCGCUGCCCAGCUUAGGAGCAGAGGAGGGCCAUGUCCUGCCGGCAGUACUGCUCCAGCAGGCCCCCUUGGGACUGGCUCCCUGGGCAGCCCCCACGCUGGCCCCUGUGUUGUGAAGAGGCAGAGGUGGGGAAUAAAGUCAU